AUGGCCCUUUCCCGCCACAAGGCUCUUAUAUUAUGCACAGUCUUCAUCUAUGUGAUGGCAGUGCUUGGCAAAGCAUCACUUGUUGAUACAGAACAACCAGUAUAUUUUCAACAUCAACGGCGUGCUCUUGCGAACCCGCCAAUUCCGGCGAGUAGCCAAAGGCUUCAAAAUGCGUCCAGCGUCAAUGCCGCUGAGAACCUAGUUACCGCUGCCAUUGUGAAACAAGGUGCAUACAACAAGCAUCGUGUGGCUAACCCAAGGCGAAAUGCAUAUAAAUCAAAAACUUCGUCAUCCGCAGCACACCUCAUUGAAUUAGAUGCACAAGGUCCAGCUGCACCAAAUCUAACAGACGAGUUGCGUGCCGCUGCUGCUCUUCUCGCUGAACGCGAUGCGGCAGAGCAACUAGCAAAUGGGACUCUACACAAAAGCUAUGCCCAAUUCGCAAAAUUGCCACGCCCGUUCCUAAACAUCUAUAACGAUGAUGAGAAUAAAAAAUCGCGUUCUUUGCUUGAGGACAGAGCAACCUCGAAUAGUAGCUAUUGGGUGGCCCAGCUUUCUGAAAACGGACGACCUUCCAUGGGAUAUGAUACCUCUUAUCCUGUGUACCGCGAUGUUACCAACCCUAUGUUUGGGGGUGGAGCAAAAGGCGAUGGAGUGACAGAUGACACGGCCGCUAUUAACGCAGCGAUUGCCUAUGGCGGAAAUUGUGGCGAAAAUUGCUUGUCAUCCUCGGUCAAGGGCACUCUCAUCUACUUUCCUCCCGGCACGUACCUAAUUUCCACGCCUAUCAAUGCCUACUACUACUCUCAGCUUGUUGGGGAUGCCAAUGACAUUCCAAUCAUUAAAACCUCCGCUUCGUUUAUUGGCCUUGGAGCAAUUCAGAGUGAUGUUUACAUUCCCAACGAUAACGGGAAUGAGUGGUAUGUGGAGCAAUCCAAUUUUUACCGUCAAGUUCGCAACUUCGUUAUCGACAUCAGUGAUACUACAACAGCCAAUGCUGCCGGAUUGCACUGGCAGGUGGGCCAGGCUACCUCUGUCACUAACGUUGCCAUCUCCGCCAGUCAGGCCUCCGGGGAUGGCAAUACCCAGAUGGGCAUGUACACAGAGAAUGGAAGCGGUGGCUUCAUGUCGGAUGUCACCAUAGUCGGUGGUGCUUACGGAAUCUAUGGUGGCAAUCAGCAGUAUACGGUACGCAACUUUCAAAUCAUUGAACAGACCACAGCUUGUAUUUGUCUGAUCUGGGACUGGGGUUGGACCUGGUCUGGACUCUAUCUUUCCACUGCACCAAUCGGUAUCAGCCUGAUUAACCCUCAAGGAUCUGCCGGGGGCGGCGCCAUUACUGGAUCAACCUAUGUUAUGGAUUCACAAUUCUUCGAUCUCACUGUUGGUCUCGAUGCCGCAUUCAAUAAGACGAUCCUCGAAAGUUCCAUCAUUACGCUCGAUAAUAUCGACCUCAACGCUGUGCAGACUGUAGUGACAUAUGCGAACGGCGAUGUCCUUGAGGGAAUACCAACAACUGGUAUCGACUUCGUUGUCAUAGGAAAUGUGGAAAACGACGGCUCGAAUUUCGGCCAGUUCGAAGCGUCUGUUCCAGAUCGUCCAUCUGGUCUCGUCAAUUCAGUAAUCUAUGAUCGACCCCUCUAUUACACAAAAAGCAGACCUCAAUACGAGACGCUCUCAAGUAGCUCUAUCAUCAGCGUUAAGGACCAUGGUGCUGUUGGAGAUGGAGUGACAGAUGACACAGCCGCCAUAAAUUCUGCCUUGGCCCUCGCUACCACAGAAAAUCUCAUAUAUUUUCCUGCAGGCUCUUACAUUGUAACAUCGACUAUUAUUGUUCCAGCUCAUACUCGCAUGACAGGCUCUGUCUGGUCCCAGCUUGUUGCAUCAGGAUCUUACUUCGCUGAUGCAGCAUCCCCAAAAGUCAUGCUACAAGUUGGAAAUUCUGGCGACGUUGGAACAGUUGAAAUCUCUGACAUGCUCUUCACUUCCAUUGGUCCUUUGCCUGGCCUGAUCCUGGUGGAAUGGAACGUACAAGCUGCCUCUCAAGGAUCUGUCGGUAUUUGGGAUGCGCACUUCCGCAUCGGCGGCGCUUAUGGAACCAAAUUGCAGGUCGCUCAAUGCCCGGCUUCAAGUCCCAUCCAAGCUGGCUGCAUUGCCGCAGCCAUGAUGCUACAUAUUACCCCAGAGGCCAACGGAUACUUCGAGAACGUUUGGGCCUGGGUUGCAGAUCAUGAUAUUGACGAUGCUCAAAACACUCAAAUCACCGUGGCCGUGGCCAGAGGUAUCCUGAUUGAAUCCUCUGGACCAAAUUGGCUAUACGGUACUGCAUCCGAGCACUCUAUCCUAUACCAGUAUAAUUUUGCCAAUACCUCCAACACAUUCGCAGGUAUGAUCCAGACGGAAUCGCCAUAUUACCAAUUUACUGAGGCGACUGAGUCCCCUGGUCCAUUCAACUCCUCGGUAGGCAUGUAUUCGGGUGACCCCAUAUUCCCCGACAGUACGUGCAACGGCACUGCUCUUCUGUGCAAUUUUGCAUGGGCUGUACUCAUGCAAGGCACCACGAACCUUACUAUUGCGGGAGCUGGGUUGUAUUCUUGGUACGACAACUACAUUGAAACUUGCGUGGACACGCAGAAUUGUCAACAACGGCUUGUGUACGAUGACGGCAACAAUGGCGGUCUUCAUCUCUGGAAUCUGGUUACAAUUGGUUCUGUGGAAAUGAUAAGCGACUAUUCCGGUGAUGCCAUUUUAGCAAAGCCUAACACCCAGGCCUCU